AUGCCUGAGCUACGUGCCCGUAUCAAAAGCAAAUUGCUGGCCCUCGGCACUCGCGACAGGAAAAAUGACUCACAAGCGUUUGAGGCUGGGGUGCGUGCUUGUCUAGGCGACGCCGCGCCUCUCCAAGACGCCCCUUUUGGGUUGAAACUGGCAAUCAUAUAUCGAGCCCCCUUGACGCAUAUCAACUACUUCGUCAGCGACCCAGAGACGUUUUUAAGAUAUUGCGGCAAGGUGCAACUGACAGAAAAUGUAGAACGUCUAUAUACAUCUGUACUUCGCCGUCUCCAAAGCGAUGACAAUGACGUAUCAAGAUCAGCCACGAAAGACAUCGCAUCUGUUCUCAUCGAAAUAGAAUACACUCGUUUUAGGGAGGGCCACAUGGACAACAGUGGAACCUCGCCAAAGUCACCAUAUGAUCAAGCCCGAGCAGACUGGGGCAGCAGUAGCACCAGGGCAAACGAAAAGACGGAUAACGAACUCUCGUCAGCAAUCGCUGGGUUUUGUAGCACCAUGGGUGUCACCAUCCACGGCACUGUCAGUCCACACUCGUGGAUCAGCGUGUUAUCUGCUGCGACGGCUUGUUCAAACAAUGAACCACAGCGUGUGAUUCCUCCCUUGGGAAUUAUUGCAUUUGGCAAUCUACUGCGGCAGUUCGAAGGCUUAAGGCCAGGAGAAAUGAGCAUCAUUGACCCUAGCGCCGCCGUUAAAUCUGUGCGAGUUCGCCAACAAGGCCUAGGGAAGUUAGUGUUGCCCUUUACGCACGGAAGAUCCUGGGCUUUCGCUAUAAUUACCAAGGAUCGUUCCCGAGCAACUAUCUACACGCUGAAAUCAAGUGGUCUCGGGGCGGUGAAGACCGAAUUUACACGAAUCUAUAAGAAACUCUUCGAUCGCAGACCCGUUCCGAUCCAGCCAGAAGUACGUAAGGCGUGGCUUUCAGAUCGCAGCUUGUGCUUCCUACUCGUCGCUUUCGCCGCAGCGAUGGACGUGGAACCAAACGCUCCAGUAUCUGUUCAACUCUGGCACGGCCUUUUCCAUCAAAUGGCACAGACAAGCGUGUCGACUCCUCAUGUGCUAUGGCUUGGCAGCGAGGUUGUUGCACAUAUCGAGACAACGGAGCAUAUCAGUGCCGAAUUGAGCCACCCUGAUCUGGAGAUUAUGAGCAGAGACUCUCUUCAAUGUGCUUCUCGGGAUAUGGUAGGUUUUCUGGCUACUCAACUGGGGUGUUCAUUUGUCCAGCAACUGGAUGAUGACAGUUUUGUUAUCCACCAAGCGGUCUUGAUGAUGCUUCUCGCCGCGGGAUACAGCUCCUCCACUGUUGAACUGUGCAAGUGGCCAAUCAAGGUCAAAGACCUGAUAGCAUUGAUUCAGAUGGCCAAACCCUCCCGAUUGGUCGUAGUACUCUCGGACUCUGGCUUUGACGCUGACAAUUCAUGGAACGACCUGUUUGAGGCGCUGCGCUUUUUUGACGGUUCACAAAUGGAAGUGUCUGUCUAUCCGAGCUCUUCGGAGCUGGCGUGGUCGCGGCAUAAGCUUGGAGACAUCCGAACUUUUGAUGCGAUAGCGAAGUCCGAGCAGCAAUGGCGGCCCCAGACAUGCUUUGGUCUCGGCGAUUGUUCCCUAUUGAGUGGUAGCCAGGUGAUCAAAAGAAACUACAGUUGCGCCGCACAAGACGUUGAGAUCAUGACCACCAGAGAUCAGGACAGAUUAAUGUGCACCGUUCCUUCUGAUAACGAUCGCGCGUGUGGAAAGAGAUCCGCAGGAGGCGAGGCUCUGGGACCCAUUUACUUUCAUCAAGAGGCAGUCCCUACCUUGCAAAGCUUCGGCGAGUUUCGAGUCUUCGUUUCGGCGGGCAAGGUGACGUACAUUCUUCGAACCAGGUUUCAAUGGGAAAAACCUGAUAGACCAAUGUUGGCGUGGAAAGCUCGGUUGGAAGAUUUUAAGUGGUUUUCAUCACAGGAGGCGGCACAAGCGAGGAAGCUCGCGGAGCUCGAGCACUUUGUCUUAGACCUAGACAGACUCAUCCGGCAGAAGAAUGAUGGGGGAUUCGAGUCCAUCCAUAUUGGAGGACGCUACGACUGCGGAAUCACGGAAGAGAGCCCCAAAGGAGAGUUCUUCGUGAAUGAGCUGACACGUCCGCUCUCGGCCGCCACGUUCCCCCGUACGUGUCCUUUUCCAUGCACUGAUAUUUUGCGGCCGUGGGCACAGGCUGUGGCACAAAUCGCCGCCCUACCAGUCCCUCCUAGUGAUUGA